AUGUUCCGGAUUGCUAAAAGUAUAGUUAAAACCUUUGAACAAAGUGUGUCUGAGACAAUUGGCGCAGGUGAGCAACUUGACUCUUAUUUUGGGUCGAUCCCUCCCAACCUUCUUGUCGAAGGGAAUAGUAGCAACGAGUCCUUGCAUGGUCUACGAGUUUUGAGCUGUGCGGAAUUCCAGCUACAGCUUCAAUCUUUUUUCGAUUACAUUGUCGGGAUCAACGAUCAGCCCAUUCCAUUGAUCCAAAAUCAGCACGGUUACUUGUAUCCAGACUACAACACAAUUUUGUCACUUUUGAACCAAGCUUGUGGGUCGAGCGUCAAGCUUAACGUGUGGUCUGGGAAGGGUGGAUUUUAUAGAGAUGAAUACAUGCAGGUUUCGCGCAAGAGUAGCUUAGAGGACGUGCCACUUGAUUCGAUGGGCGAGCGCGUGCUGCAAGAGUUCGAACCACUAGGAUUUACAGUACAAUGGACACCACUUAUCGCUGUAACCUAUACCUAUCAUGUAUUGCAGAUUCACGAAACAACUAGCCCUGCUGCGCGAGCGGGACUGAUCCCUCAAGAAGAUUAUAUCAUCGGCUGUCAGGAUGGCCUUUUAGCUACUGGUGGAGAAUCCCUACUUCAAGACAUUGUUCGUUCGCGCGCUAAUCAAGAGCUUGUGCUCUACGUUUUCAAUCUUGUGGGCGACUGUGUCAGACCAAUAACGGUACGAAUUGGCGGAGAUGGCAGAUUGGGAUGUGGUGUGGGAUAUGGAUACCUCCACAGAAUCCCCGUACCACAGACGAUCGCAGCCAAUAUGGCAGGUAAGCCUACUUUCGCUGCCGAAGUGCCAUCUAUAGGAGCUACCCCUUCCUCAGAUGCCUUUGUACCUGCUCAGGCUGCUAACGUCAUUCCUGUGCAACCAGAUCUGCCUACUUCUACCACGUCAACUUUUAUAGCGCCACCUCCGGUCCACAAGAAGAAAGCAAGGCACGGACACGCAGCUGCAUCAUCGAUGCAGGAUUAUUUUCAAGAAGGUAAAGACCAAAGUCCCUCCCCUGCAAGUAAGGCUACUCCACCCCCUCCGCCUCCGGUAAAAAGUUAA